AUGCUGGCCUCCCUUUUGCGCCCCAAGAAACGACGAGUCUAUGCAGAGCGGUCGCCAUUCUCGUCGCCGUACACGACUCGCGAUUCCCAAUGGCCUGCUUUACAAAAUAAUGCACCUCAAAGGGGCCCUGAACCCGGCUAUGAAGAGAUCAACGGAUACAACGGCACCCGUGAGGGGCCUGGCGCAAGAUCUGAAGACGACACCGACGAAGAGGACGACGAACCCAUCGAGUCCACGCCUCUCCUUCCCAUAUUUUCUGCGUCGCAUCUAGACACUUUGCCGGUUUAUGACAUCACUCAUGCCAUCCGUCCUCUCAUUGUUGCUCGAUGUGAAACCACCCUGACUUGGGAUCAAUUGCGGUCGCCACAAAUUUCUCAAUUCCUGGUCAAGCCUAUACAGCAGAAGAUUCGAGCGUUGCAUUUCUCCAGGGCUACACUAUAUGCGCUGAUAACGAACUGUCUUCAGUUCUCGAAGGAGGUCCAUCUGAAUCCCGGAAACAGCGGCGUGAGUCAAACUAGGGCCAUGGUGAGCGAGCUUCUCGCGAUCAAGUUGCUGAGAGAAUACUCGACGCGGGAAUUGAUUGACGCGCUCUCCUAUGAGUUCUAUCCUCUCAACGGUCAGACGCCAACGGCCACGGUAAGCUCCGAUCGCGCCCCGGGUUGGUAUCCCACUCCAGGAAGCAAGCGUCCCGCCAUCGCUCGUGUCUCUUGCCUCGAAGUGGCCAUCCGCGCUCAGGCGAAAAGGUUCUUGUCGCAUCCCUUGGUGGUACAGCAACUAGAAGCGAUAUGGGCUGGCACGAUUGUCUUCCAUUCCGCAUCCGAUUACCUCCAUCGCUCGCCCGCACAAGUUAGGAACAAUGGGAGACUGCAAUAUGGUACCGCUCCGGAUCCUUCUCCCCUUGACACGUCCCAUCGUCAGCCACAGCCCAACGUAUCUGGACUUCGACGUUCGGUCACGAUUUACGACCCAAGGGAUGCCUCCUUGUUCAAACUUUCACGACUCCGCGUGCCUCGAUACAGACAGUUCUUGUCAACUUUGUCAUUCGCGGUUCUGCUGGGAUUGUUUCUGGCUGUGUUGAACCAACGUCGCCUCGAGAUUACUCCGCUGGAAGUUAUCUUCUGGCUUUGGAGCGCUGGUUUCAUGCUCGACGAGAUUGUUGGAUUCAACGAGCAAGGGUUCAGUUUGUACCUCAUGAGCUUCUGGAAUCUCUUCGAUCUCGGCAUCCUUUUUCUCCUUUUCUGCUACUAUUGCAUGAGACUUUACGGCGCCAUCCUGCCCUACACUCGCAAUCAUAUUGUGGCAGACCAAGCAAUCAUGGCUUCAGACCUUAUCGCGGUGUUCCUUCUGAUUAUUAUUGCUUGCAGCGGGUUUUUUGUGGCAUUCACCCAGGCAUUUGGCAACAGUGAUGACCAUUCUCCUGGGGCCGUCGCGUAUGCCUUGUUCCAAAUGCUCAUGGGAUUCACUCCAACGGCAUGGAGUCUAUGGGACGAGUACAAUAUGCUGGGCAAACUCAUCCUGACAGUGUUCCUGUUCAUUUGUCACUUUGUGGUCGUCACCAUCCUCAUCACGGUCUUGACGAAUUCCUUCAUGAGUAUUGUGCAGAAUGCCAACCAAGAACACCAGUUUCUCUUUGCCGUCAACACAAUCUCUAUGGUCAAGUCGGACGCUCUCUUUUCUUAUGUCGCGCCGACUAAUAUUCUUGCUUGGCUGAUCACCCCACUUCGUUACUUUGUGCCAUUCCGCGAAUUUGUUCGGAUUAACCGCACGAUCAUCAAAAUCACUCACCUACCCAUCCUGUUUACAAUCUGCUUCUACGAGAAAGCGAUACUGAGUUCUCAGGUAAUUGAUUCGACCGACUUGAUUGAAUCUACAUCUCGAGGUGAUUCGUCAGACCGCUUUCGAGCCCGGCGUCGAUUCAGAGCUUUCAGCUCUCAAAUUCGACCCUUCGUCCGAGAACCAUCAGUUGCUACGUACCAGAAAGACCGUGCCCUGGACGAGGUGUUUCGACGACCAUUCCGAGACGCAACAGCUAGACGUCCUGUCGCCGCCCUUGACCGCAGAGGAAGCCACAGUGUUGUCAACAAGUGGAUGCAGACUAUGGGAUCGGGCUCUGUCAACCCCCCUGAUGAGCAAGACUCAGAGGAGGUCGAGCGGCUCGAGAGAUUUCCCCGCGGUCGGACGGGCUUUCGCCGGACAUUUACUAGGAGCCUGCGUGACUUCACGGAAACGAAUCACUCCGCUACCUCCGACGCUGACCGUCCUCCCCAUGUCGCAUCUUCACCUGCAACGCCACGUAAUGGGAGGACUUUCAUGACUCCCAUGCGAAGCAGGCAGCUAUCGCGACAGACGGGUAUGGAAGGUGACGAUGAACUCACGAGCGAUGACAAUGGCGGAUGGGCUGGAGAACAGAGAUCGGGUCCACUGGAUUCCGAGGACGAUACGCCCCAGACCACCAAACAAAGUCCGAUUCAUACACCACCCAAGCACUUCAGCUCUCGGCCAUCGACUGCACGACUCAAAUCUCGCAAGACCAGUCCCGCUCGGCGGAUCAAGAACCACACGCGAAAUUACUCGGGCGCUACUAUGCUGUACAACCCGAUAUCUUCAGAGAACAAUCACGAAGCCGCCAAAGCUUCACCAAGCCCUGUCCGGCCAAGAGCGGAGACUCCUGAUCCAGCGGGCGGGGCUGUCCUGUCGACCUCUGCCGAUCAGUGGACGCUGAAGAGACAUAAUGCGAAUGGGAGCAGGCUUAGAAACGUGACCAUGACUCGAUCUGAUCCGAUGUCUGUUCCGGAUGUGGGUGGCUUUUCGGUGCCCGAUUCACACUUUCAGCGGCGUCGUCAAGCGUCCAUCCUCGAUGGCUUAGGCUCAGACCUGGGGGACAACAAGGCGAUUGCGAACGGUUUUCUUGGUGGUGUUCCUUCGAGUCUCACCACACAAAUAGCCUACGCGACAGGUAAUAUCCGGCGUGCCGACAGCCCAAGUAGCAGUCAGGAUAUGCUCAGCAAGCUCGUACUGGCACGGAUGAACAAUAUCGAGGAAGGCUUCCGUGAGGUGAUCAAGGAAGUCAAAGACCUCCGACGUGGAGGAACUAGCCGGAGCGAAAGCCGGGUUGAUGAACAACGAGGCGUUCAGCGUGAGAAGAAAAAACGGCGCCCAGAUAAGAAGGAGCCGAAGAAGGAUCUCCAAGGAUCUUGGAAGAGCAAGACGAGCAGCGAAGGGCAAUGGUCGGACGAGCUGGCAUUUGAGAAACGCAGAGACGAACCCAGUGGAGAUGACAACCUUUAA